AUGGGGCCGAAAACGAAGAAGGGAGUCGGCCGCAAGGCUGCCGAGCCGGCGAAUACAUCUACCCACGACGAACGAGAUGACGAACCGCAUUCCGCACCCACAGAGGACGAUCACCCUCUUUUCUUCUAUAUGCCGAACAAAAAAUAUGGCGAAUUCUGCCAGUGGUACAAGGCCAAAUUCUCCGUCUCAAAGGCCCGCAUCGCCCAGCUGGUAGACCAUCCCCCACAUACCGACGGCACCUCUGAUCCCGAUUCUGAAGAGCUCAUCUGGUUCAAUUGCGCGGAGCAGUUCAUGAUGUACUGCAAGGCGGCGCGAUUUGGAGAUGUCGAGCGACAGAAUCGUGUACUUGCGAGUAAGAGCCCCAAGGAGCAGAAGGCGCUGGGGAAGGGCACCGUAGGAUUUACAAACGAGAGCUGGGACCAGGUGAAGAGGCAGGUGGUGGAAGAAGGGAACAUGGCCAAGUUUGGGCAAAACAGGCACCUUCGUGGGAAGCUGCUGAGCACGGGGGACAGGAUGCUUUGUGAGGCGGCUGGGAGGGAUCGGGUUUGGGGGAUUGGGUAUACUGGGAAGCAUGCGAUGAACUUCAGGGAUCAUUGGGGUGAGAAUUUGCUGGGGCAGGCGUUGAUGGCUGUUCGGGGCAGACUGAGGGAGCAAUCGUUGGUAUAUCAGCCAUGGGAAGAAGAUGGAGAGAAGGGAGAGGAGGCAAGUUAA